UACGCCUAGGGGGAAGCAAGAUGGCGGCGCACCUGUCCUACGGACGAGGUGAACCUGAACGUGCUGCGCGAGGCGGUGCGUCGCGAGCUGCGAGAGUUCCUGGACAAGUGCGCGGGAGAAGCAAGGCAAUAGUUUGGGAUGAGUACCUCACAGGACCAUUUGGCCUGAUUGCACAGUAUUCACUACUGAAGGAACAUGAAGUGGAGAAAAUGUUCACACUUAAAGGAAGUCGUUUGCCAGCAGCUGAUGUCAAGAAUAUUAUUUUUUUUGUCAGACCCAGGCUAGAGUUGAUGGAUAUAAUUGCUGAAAAUGUGCUCAGUGAAGACAAACGUGGCCCAGCAAGGGAUUUCCACAUCUUGUUUGUUCCACGACGAAGUUUACUGUGUGAACAGAGGUUGAAAGACCUGGGUGUUUUGGGAUCCUUUAUUCAUAGGGAGGAGUACAGCCUAGACCUCAUUCCAUUUGAUGGGGAUCUCUUAUCCAUGGAAUCAGAGGGUGCAUUCAAAGAAUGCUACCUGGAGAGUGACCAGACCAGCCUCUACCAUGCAGCCAAGGGGCUGAUGACCCUGCAGGCUCUGUACGGGACAAUCCCCCAGAUCUUUGGGAAAGGAGAGUGUGCCAGGCAAGUGGCCAAUAUGAUGAUCAGGAUGAAGAGAGAGUUUACAGGAAGCCAAAAUUCAAUAUUCCCUGUUUUUGAUAACUUGCUGCUUGAUCGAAACGUGGAUUUAUUAACGCCUCUUGCCACGCAGCUUACGUAUGAGGGACUCAUUGAUGAAAUUUAUGGCAUUCAGAACAGUUAUGUGAAGUUACCUCCGGAGAAAUUUGUACCUAAGAAACAGGGCGAUGGCGGGAAGGACCUUCCCACGGAAGCCAAGAAGCUUCAGCUGAAUUCUGCAGAGGAGCUAUACGCUGAGAUCCGAGACAAAAACUUCAACGCGGUGGGCUCAGUACUUAGCAAGAAAGCAAAGGUGAUCUCCGCAGCGUUUGAGGAAAGGCACAACGCCAAGACGGUCGGGGAGAUCAAGCAGUUCGUGUCCCAGCUGCCCCACAUGCAGGCAGCAAGAGGCUCGCUCGCAAACCACACGUCGAUCGCAGAGUUAAUCAAAGACGUUACCACCUCCGAAGACUUCUUUGAUAAACUAACAGUGGAGCAGGAGUUUAUGUCUGGAAUAGACACUGAUAAGGUCAACAGUUACAUCGAAGAUUGUAUUGCCCAAAAGCACCCACUGAUCAAGGUGUUAAGACUGGUUUGCCUCCAGUCUGUGUGCAACAGUGGACUCAAACAAAAAGUUUUGGAUUAUUACAAAAGAGAAAUUCUCCAGACGUACGGCUAUGAGCACAUACUGACCUUAUACAACCUAGAGAAGGCUGGCCUGCUGAAACCACAGACGGGGGGCAGAAACAAUUACCCAACGAUCCGGAAAACGUUACGCCUCUGGAUGGAUGAUGUAAACGAACAGAAUCCCACGGACAUAUCCUACGUGUACAGCGGCUAUGCCCCUCUCAGCGUGCGGCUGGCCCAGCUGCUGUCCCGGCCGGGCUGGCGAAGUAUCGAGGAAGUUCUGCGCAUACUCCCAGGGCCCCACUUCGAAGAGCGGCAGCCGUUGCCCACGGGACUGCAAAAGAAACGUCAACCGGGAGAAAACCGAGUGACUCUGAUAUUCUUCCUCGGGGGCGUAACCUUUGCUGAAAUUGCUGCCCUGCGAUUUCUCUCCCAGUUGGAAGAUGGAGGCACAGAAUAUGUCAUCGCCACCACCAAACUAAUGAAUGGGGCCAGCUGGAUCGAGUCCCUAAUGGAAAAACCUUUCUAGGGUGCCCAGAGUCGAGUGAACUGCAGAGGAAGCUCGUUUGGCCGCCACAAGGAAGGGAGACCUCACUGGAGAAAAACGGAAGAACACAGAAUUUACUUCGGGGUCAGCUUCUUAAAUUACACAGUUUCCUCCUCUCUGCUUCUCUUUUGUGUUUCUAAUUUCCGGAAGAAAGAAGACCAGAAGAGAAUCAACCUGGGUAAAAGAAACACCAGUUGUUAACGUCCUAAGCUCAGGAUCCUCCUUAGAGACUUCUGGAAGCGUGCGAAGGACAGUGGGGAUGGAUCGUCUUCUGCAGCUGCACACGGGGGGCCAGUGCUUCAAAUAAGAAGGCAGGGACUGAGGAAGUAAAAACGAGAACUAGAAAGGCUCACCCUGACUGAAUAGUACCGUCUUUCCCGUCAUGCCCAGGGCAGUGGCUGAGUGUGGAGGCAAGAGCUCGUCUCGUCUCAGAGUUGAGAUUUCUUUCUCCUGCAGAGCCUGGCACGUUGUAUUUGGUGUCACCCCCUCCGUCAUAUCUGAUCGUGAAGGCAAGUGUUGAUUCCUUGUGCUUUCUGCUUUCACUUCCUCCGCUUCGAUAAAGCCAGAGGCCUGGAGGGACUUCUUUCUCCAGAUCAAAGCUUACGUGUCAUCUGUCUGACCAGCUAAACUCCUGUGGCUCCCGUACUUCUCAAGGGCUUGUUACGUUGAGGGGCAUGAGGAUUGGGGAGCAGCUUCCUGGGAAUUUUCUUAGACACUUUUCCAAGACACUUGCUUAGCACACGUCUUAUAAACUCCAAGACGUUUCCGUGGCAGAUGCCUCCACCCGGGGCUUCAGUUUUCUUCCCCGGCCAUCACGGGCCCCAGCCUCCAGCUGGUCCCACCCGGAGCAGUCGUGACAUCAGCAUUUGCCGACGCCAUCUCCACGGUAACUGCCCCCGCGUACUUCUGUGCGGCCGCUCCACACUCGGCCUGUGGCAAAACACGGCUCCGCUUCAGUCCCUGGUCCGGUACCUCAGCCUCUUCUGGUGCAGCUCGUCGAUGGUCUUGGAGACCAGCUGCUCCUGCAGGGGGCGGUUAGUUAGCCGUGGGGCGGAGGAGUGGGGUGUUGGUGGAGAGGCUGGAAAUCGGCGUGCGUCCCCUGCCUCCCUCCUGCUCCGUCCCAAUGCCUGGAAGAGUUAAAUCCAAGAAGGGGACCAAAUGGAUGGCUUCGUGGCCCUUGCACAAGUCUCCCUCUGCCGGGGGACCACGGUCAGCAUCCCUUCUGAGGCAGGGUGUGGUUUCUGUUGUUCGUUAGUAACCAUACAUUUUUUUCCUCACUUUGUUUCAUUAAUGAAAUUCUGUCAGCACGUUGCAUGUUAUGAGUGAAAGAGAAAUUCUAUAAUAAAUCUCUUUCAGAGUGAGGUGUAGAAGAGGUCAUAUUUAAGAGAUUUCCUUCUCACGCAUUCAACUUGGCCUUGACCUUCAGUGUUUGGAAAAUGGUCUUAAAAAAAAACUAUCCCUGGUUUAGAAGGUCCUUUUUCAAAUACUUGUUAUCCCAGGGAGACUACUUUAUACCUUCCAGCCCCAGCUGUUGUCAGCUUCAGCUGCCUUAGAGAAUGAAAUCCACCUUGCCUCUCAAUGUUUUUGGCUCAUGGGAUUCAAUUCAAGUCUGGUCAGGUCUCCUUGGCUGGGGUUUUUGUCCUAUGAACAGAUACUCAGCUGUGUCUCCUGUGUCUGCAUUCACUCGUGACUCUGUACUUGGCUUGCUCAGAGCAUAGUUAGGUCAGCUCCCAAAAUGCAUCUAGCAGAAGACUUAAAAACAUCAAUUGCUUCAUUUGUAUGCAAAUAGAAAGUGGGGGAUAAUUGUAUAUUAUCCGCCUUUGUGUAAGUUCACUUAAUACUUGAAGCAGCCUUUGUCUCCAAGGAGUAUGCCCUUACUGAGAAAGGGUAGGUGAAUGGUACAUUUAUUCCUGGAGAGGGCGGAUUGUUUACAUCAUGUCUGGACUUUUGUCUAGUUAGGCAGACAGUUCUGCUACACCAGCAACUCCAUAAAAAAGAAGUCUGCAUAGAUAAGUAUACAUAAGCACUGUUCUGUGUCUUACUGUACACUUUUGAAUUUUAGCCAACAGGGAAGCAUUUGUAGUUGAACUGUAGAGCAGGAGAAUCCAGGCAUGCUGAGAGAGACUGGGGACGGAUCUUUUGGUUUCUUGGUGCAUAUAAAAGUUAUGUUUACACUGUA